CGUGAUCGUACUAUUCGUACUGUUGCAACAAAAAUAUGGCCGACCGCCCGCGUUUGACUGUCGGCUUGAUUAUCAAACUAAGUGACCAAACAACAGUAUUCACGUAAUUAAACGUAAUAUAUUCCAUCCAAGAUGAUUUCUACAAGAUAUUUUUCAUUCAUCUCUGGCAUAGUGAUAGCUUCAGUGACAUGGACUUUUAGCUUAUACUUAUAUUCAAGAUUGUCGCAAAACACAAACAUAGCUAAUCCUACGAUCUAUGUGCCAGACUUUGCUCGACCUCUGAAGGAAUCUGUGUUCGACCAAAGGUCAAAUGAUCAACACGAGGCAAUUUACAUCCAGAAUUUCCAAGAUAAAAUUUAUAAGCACCAAGUCAGUGGUAAAGAUCCAUAUAAUUACAAAGCCCAAAAUGACUUUCAAAAUAGCAAUAAAUUGCUGCAACAAUUACAACCGGUCCCAGUUAAGCCAGCAGUCACUGUGGGAGGAGAGCUCGAUGAAAUUGGCAUGGUGAAAAAUUUUGAGGAGCAACAGAAAAGAGACGAAGGAUACAAGAAUUACGCAUUUAAUGUGUUAGUGUCUGAUCAGCUGAGCUUGCAUAGAGAAAUACCUGACACUCGUCACAAACUUUGCCAAUCUUUGGUGUAUGAAAAAUCAUUGCCAAAUACCAGCGUAGUGAUAUGCUUCUACAAUGAGCACUACAUGACACUAUUGAGAUCCGUACAUUCAGUGGUUGAUCAGACUCCGGAUAAAUUACUGCACGAAAUUAUUUUGGUAAAUGAUUGGAGCGACGAUGACGCCCUGCAUGUCAAAUUAGAUGCCUAUAUUAAAGAGCACUUUGAGAAGAAAGUAAGAUUGUACAAAACUCAGCGAAGAGAAGGUUUGAUCAGGGCAAGAAUGUUCGGGGCCAAAAGAGCAACUGGACAGGUGUUGAUAUUCUUAGACAGUCAUAUUGAAGUUAACAACAUGUGGGUUGAGCCACUACUCUCUAGAAUCGCUCAAUCAAAAACCAUUGUCCCUAUGCCCGUGAUAGAUAUUAUAAAUGCUGAUACCUUCCAAUAUACGGGAAGUCCCUUAGUUAGGGGUGGGUUCAACUGGGGGUUACACUUCAAAUGGGACAACUUGCCUGUUGGAACCUUGGUUCAUGACGAGGAUUUUGUUAAACCAAUAAAAUCACCAACCAUGGCUGGUGGAUUAUUUGCAAUUGAUCGCGAAUAUUUCACGUAUUUAGGAGAGUAUGACUCUGGUAUGGAUAUAUGGGGAGGUGAAAACUUAGAAAUAUCAUUUAGGAUAUGGAUGUGUGGAGGUACAAUAGAGCUAAUCCCGUGUUCACGAGUUGGCCAUGUGUUUCGAAGACGUCGACCCUACGGUGGGGAUGACCAGCAUGAUACCAUGCUGAAAAACUCGUUGCGCGUUGCUCAUGUGUGGAUGGAUAAGUACAAGGAUUACUUUUUGAAGGAUGUUAAAAAAAUUGAUUAUGGUGAUAUUUCGAAGCGUGUUGCACUACGGGAAAAAUUGAAGUGUCAAGAUUUUUCUUGGUACUUGGAAACAGUUUAUCCAGAGUUAACAUUGCCGGAUGAUACAGAGAAACACUUGAAAGAUAAAUUGGCGAAAGUUAAUCAGAUACAAAUGCAGCCAUGGCACUUAAGAAAGAGAAAUUACACCGAUCAAUAUCAAAUUAGACUGGCUGGCUCUGCUCUUUGUAUUCGAAGUGAGAAGGAUAUUAAGACAAGGGGAUCAAAGUUGAUAUUGACACCAUGUUUACGAACUAAAUCGCAGAUGUGGUAUGAGACAGACAAAAACGAAUUAGUACUUGGUCAAAUAUUGUGUCUAGAAGGGAACGAAAAAUGGCCAAGACUUGGAAAGUGUCACGAAAUGGGUGGAAACCAGGAAUGGCAUCACAAAGGGACCAAACGUAUACCAAUAUACAAUAUGGCAGCUGGUACCUGCUUGGGAGUACUUAGCAAUAGUACAAAUGCACUGGUAACCAUGAACCUAUGUACAAAGCCUGAUAUAUCCUUGAUAAGCUGGGAUUUGGUUCGAUCUGUGUUAGCCGGACGAAUGGAUAGAUGACACGGGCAAGAAAAUCGUAAGAAUAAACAUAGGCCGAAUGAAGAUUGGCUAGGGAGAAAGUGGUGAAGAAAUUUGUGCUUUGGGAUCGACAAUGUAAUCAAACAUGGCACUACCCUCGGAUUUCAUGCCGCAUUAUAAUAUGUUACCUGAGAAAAGCUAGGUAUCACGGAUAUACGCAUCGUACAUACUCAUACAAGCUGAUUUUUAUAUCAAUGGUGGCGACACGCUGACGCGGUUCGAUUACGAGCAGAGGCUUGAUACUUAUGCUUGUGUAAGUACGCACCUUCCUAUGAAGGUAGAUGUGUAUUGCAGGACAAAAAUUAUCUACAAUAGCGAUAUUUUAUUCAAGAUUUGGUGCGUAUCUGUCUAUAGAGUCGAGUGUACCACUUCGUAGCACUUACGAAUAAUGGAAAAUAUUCGACAGCAAAUUAAUCAAAUAUAUCUCAUCCAUUGAUUGGAGUCGUUACAAACCGUAAAAACUUGGAAAACAGGAUUAUUUAAGAAAUUCUUGAAAUUAAGAAGCUGAAAGAUUACGCCGAUCCGCAGGCAUUACGUAUUUCAUUGAAAAUAUCCCACAGAAUAUUUUCAACAUAUUAGCACAUGUAUCCUAUUUCUAGACAAGACAUUCCAGUAUCUCGUAAAGCUCACCCGAAAAUUCCAACUGUUUGAUUUCUGUGUAAAAGCUAGAGAGACGAAGAGUUUCGUCAAUGGGAUCAUGUGGUUAUAGACAAUAUCGGGAAAUAGAGUUCUUGGUUCAAGAAUCUGAAACUUUUUAUUGUAACUACGCGGAGAAAAAAACAUAUUAGACUUAUGUGUGGGAUGGGAAUUACGUGAACAUAACUUUUUUGAAAGGUACCCUAAUUGUGGUAUUCGAAAAAUUCAAAGAACGUUCUUGAAUAAAAUUUCAACAUACUGACAACAAAUUCCACCGCAAUCCCCGUAAUUUUGACUGCAAAAUUACCGACGCCUAUGUCACUUCACUAUAUAUUUUUCCGUGUGGCUUAUGACUGGUCUGUGUAUACUGGUCGGUAACGAGUGAGAAAAUGGAAAAUAUUUCCAAGAAAUUAUUAAAAUACGCUUAUUACGUUCGUUCCAACUAAAAAUAGAUCUGCUGGUCGUGUUGAUCAUCUUAGUAUUAAUUAUGGUGAAGUAUCUGACCAAACCGUGUUUGCUACUGAUAAUUAAUUACAAUACAACUGUGUACAUUAUUUAUGUGUAGAAAUAAUUCGGGUUAG